AUGAGCGUCUCCGAGGCGCGCAAUGACGAGUCUUUCAACCUAGGCAUCGAUAGUCUCGAUAUCGGAAGCCUCGUCAUUGCGUCGUCCGUUGCGUCAAACUCGAGUCCCGCCGUCCGCACCAAAUACUCUCCCACAACAUCAGCAAAGAGAAGGAAAAUCGACAAAGAUGUGCCGCCCCCGCCAGAGCCCAAAUCCAGCUCUACCCCUCGACGACGACGGGGCAGACCCCCGCGGGCAGAGCCGCCGGUCGAAUCGCCCAUUCUCCCAGAGGCCGAAAUGCAAGACGCGGGGGACGGGGAAGAUGACGAACUCACGCCGAGACCAGGCAGGACCUUUCAAGCACCGCAUACUUCGAGUUCGGUUCGAACAGCGGCUCUUCAGCCGAUGGAUGUAGAUGCUGAGGAUGAACUCGAAACAUUACCUCCCCAUCCCAGUGCCGUAUCGGCUGCACGGCUGCGAUCUCCCACUUCGGCGCGCAGUCCUGAGAAGAUUAUCGAAGAGGUGACGGAGUCUCCCGCGGAUGCGCCAGGAAGCGGCAAGAGGCGCCGAGUGCCCAUGAGCGAGACUCUCAGCUCCACAGCGAGGUUAAUGGGGGUGAUAUCUUCAGACGACGGGAUUCCUAUGCCCUCUUCGCCACUCGCGAGCAAAGUGCGUCGAAGCGAUGCGACUACAGUUCGGUCCGCAAGGUCAGCCGGAACAAUAUAUGGCCAAGAGAUUAGCCAUAUGGCAGAUGAGCUGUCAUCAGACAACUACCCCCAACCCGUGGACGAGAGGAUCGAAAGUACCGACUUGGCGGCUAUGGAAGAUGAAACUCUUGCGCAGGAUGAUGAUGGAGUGGCGGAGGAAUACCGACUGGAGGAGCAAGAGUAUGCCGAUGAGAUUGACGAGGGAAAAGUGGCAAGCAUACUGGAGGAGACGGCAAGGCGACCGCGUGGACCAUCUCCAGAGCUGGGGUCGCAGGAUAUGGAGGAGGCAGAGGACAAAGAAGAGGAGGAAUUACAGCCCGAGCACGAACUCGAAUCAGAAGUGGAAUCUGAGGCUCAACCCGAACCGGAGUCGGAACCCGAACUCGAACCAGAGCUAGAUUCCCGACUAGAGGCGGAAUCUGAACCCGAAAUGGAGGCUGUAACUGAAGCCGAAGAGGAAGAAGAGGAGGUAACAGUGUUGCCGACGCCUCCCAAGCGGAAGCGCGGGCGCCCAAGCAAAAGCCCGACUACUCAAAAGCAACCCGUUGCGAAACCGAAGUCCGUCAAGUCAAGGAAGCGCGUCGCGCCACGGCCGCAGCAGUACGACGACGAGAACGAAGAGAAUGAGGAACCGCAAGCCAAAAAAGCCAAAUCCAAGACGAAGAAGCGACAUAGUGACCAGAGCGAGGGCGACGGAGGAACGAUUGAAAUCACCGUUCAACGAUUCGUCAACCUCAAGAAGCGUGGCAAUGAAGCCGACGAUGAAGAUCCUCUACAGAGCGAAAUGGCUUUUGUCAACCACGGAGGCGAGAGCGUGAUUGACGUCUUCGCCCAGGUCUGCGACGAGGUCAUCUCUUCGACGCUGGAGCAGUUUCAGGAGGCGGCCAGCGGCGCAGAGGAUGCGGCGAAGAAGAAGGAAUAUCGCAUCAAGAUGCGGGCCAUUGAAGCGUACCGGGAGGAGCUCAAGUCUCGUUUCCUUCAGCACGCUAUUCACUUGAACCACUGGCAUUCGCUGCGCAAGCGAGUUCGACAUGUGCAGAAGGAGAGGAUGGCUUUGCGUGACGAGAUUAUGCGCAUCAAGGCCGAGCGAGAGCAGGUUGCCCUUCGAAUGGAUGCCAUCAGAAUUCAACACGAGGCCGAUGCUCGAGAGUCAAAGUAUUGUCUCGAUGCUUCAUCUCUUAUGCACGAUGUAGAUCUUGCCGUGGAACAGGGCCGGGAGGCGCCAGAAUUGUCGCGCGUGGCGCAAAAAGAGGCCGAGCUGGCCAAUCUCGAGCUGCUGGUGUCUCGCGUAUCACAGCAAGCCAGCUCGUCGAGCUUUACGGGCGGGCUCCUAAAGCAG